GACUACUUUUUAACGCGGAGGAUUAGUCGGGCCGUGUCAUUAUCAUAGUUUAUAAAUAGGUCAUUGAAGAAUAUUCAUGGUCGCGGAGUGAAAAGGCAGGUGUUUCACGGCAAUUAUCAAAUUAAAACAAACAUUUUACGAAGUUUUAGGCCAGAACUUUUUAAAUUAAAGAAUUUGAGCUGUUUCCACCUUGGCCAAUUCAAUAAGGAUGAACAGCAGUGGUCAGUCAUACCCAUUGGCCUCCCUCUACGUAGGGGACCUGCAUCCUGACGUCACAGAGGCCAUGCUCUACCAGAAGUUCUCUCCUGCUGGGCCCAUCACAUCCAUCCGCGUCUGCCGUGAUGUCAUCACUCGCAGGUCCCUAGGAUACGCAUACAUCAACUUCCAGCAACCUGCUGAUGCGGAAUGUGCUCUGGAUACAAUGAACUAUGAGGUCCUCAAGGGUAGGCCUAUCAGAAUAAUGUGGUCUCAGCGCGACCCAGGGCUACGGAAGUCAGGAGUUGGAAACAUUUUUAUCAAGAACAUGGACGAGUCCAUUGACAACAAGGCCCUGUAUGACACAUUCUCAGCCUUUGGGAAUAUUCUGUCUUGCAAGGUUGUGUGUGAUGAGAAUGGCUCCAAAGGCUACGGCUUUGUUCACUUUGAGACCCAAGAGGCAGCCAAUCGUGCCAUUGAUACCAUGAAUGGAAUGCUAUUGAAUGACCGGAAAGUGCUAGAGACAGGUAGUGACUCUGGCAUUGCAGACCCAAAGGCCCAUUUCCUGGGGGGGAAAUGUCAGUUGUCCACGAUUAGUUUUGUUGGCCACUUUAAGUCCCAUAAGGAGCGACAGGCUGAGUUUGGGGCCAAAGCCAUGAAGUUCACCAAUGUGUACAUCAAGAACUUUGGCGAUGACUAUAGUGAUGAGAAACUCCAGGAGGUCUUCUCUGCAUUUGGCAGGACCCUCAGUGUGCGGGUGAUGAUGGACGAAAGGGGCCGGUCUCGUGGAUUUGGCUUUGUAAACUAUGAAAACCACGAGGAUGCACAAAGGGCAGUUGAGGAGAUGAAUGGGAAAGAACUCGUUCCUGGCCGAGUUCUGUAUGUGGGCCGUGCUCAGAAGAGGAUGGAGCGACAGGGGGAGCUGAAACGCAAGUUUGAGUUGAUCAAACAGGAACGUAUCCACCGCUAUCAGGGGGUCAAUUUGUACGUCAAGAACUUGGAUGAUGGGUUGGACGAUGAGAAACUCAGGAAGGAGUUUGCCCCUUAUGGCACCAUCACCAGUGCCAAGGUGAUGACGGACGGUGGCCACAGCAAGGGCUUUGGCUUUGUCUGUUUCUCGUCUCCCGAGGAGGCCACCAAAGCGGUAACUGAGAUGAACGGCCGCAUCGUGGCCACAAAGCCGCUGUACGUGGCUCUGGCCCAGCGCAAGGAGGAGCGGAAGGCUAUCCUCACCAACAAAUACAUGCAGAGGACCAUGCCUGGCCCAGUCAUCGACUCCUACCAGCAGGCAGGCUACUACAUGUCUGCUGUGCCUCAGCCCCCAAGUCGCACCUUCUACAACCCCAACCCUGUGAGCACCAUGAGGACAUCUCCUCGCUGGGCUGCACAGCCACCCAGACCACAGGCACCCUACUCGGGCCAGUUUGUCAGGUCUGCUGUUCCCCGACGCGCCUCCACCCCCAUCAGCACCGUCAGACAGGCCUCCACCCAGGCUCCACGCAUCAUCAACUACACACAGAGGAUGGCUAACAUUGGCACACAGACAGCAGGAGGUCGGGCAGGCAUGUCUGGUGGUAUGGUCCGAGGCACCCAGUAUAAAUACUCAUCAGGGGUGAGGAACUUACAGCAGGUCAUCACUAUGCCCGCACCAAUGGCAGUGCAGCAGGUUGUUACCCAGCAGAUGAUGGAACCAGCGGUGCAUGUCAGAGGCCAGGAACCCCUCACUGCCUCCAUGCUGGCUGCAGCCCCUCUCAUGGAGCAGAAACAGCUGCUUGGUGAGCGAUUGUACCCUCUGAUCCAUGGCUUUCACCCCAACCUGGCUGGUAAAAUCACUGGGAUGCUGCUGGAGAUUGACAACUCUGAGCUGCUGCACAUGCUGGAGUCACCCGAGUCCCUGCAUUCUAAGGUGGAUGAGGCGGUAGCUGUGCUGCAAGCCCACCAGGCCAAGGAAAACUCUCCUAAGAAGUAGAGAACCCUUUCAGGACACUGCAAAGAAAUCGCUGAAGGAGGAAAAAGUUAAAACGAACAAAAAAAAAGUAAAAUGCUGUAAAAGGGGGGAAAAAAAUGAAGUUUUGUAAAUGGCACUUUUGAUUCAAAUCUGAGAAUUUAAUUAAAAUGUAUAUCUAUGGGGAAGAAAACCCAUUGCAAACAGCUUAUGUUUAUUCUACUUUUUGUUUAAAAAGAAAUGUAAAAUAAGAAAAUAAAGUCUUGGUGUUUUGUGCAUUGAACCUGUA